UUGUGCCGCAUUGAGGUUAUAUACAUUGUAGCAAUUGGUUAUUUGGAUUUAAAAUUUUUGAAAUAUAAAUAAAAACUCAUUUCAGUCGGCUCAAUAAACUCAAGUCAAGAAAUAGAGGCAUAAGUUUCGUGAUACAGCAGUCUCUCAUUUGGUAGCACUUACCAAAAUUAGCUGUUGCGUAAUUUAGCUCACAUUUUCAUAAGCAUAUCAACGAGGAACCAAAACAAUAGUGUGCCACAAGUUUUACGUUUGAUAACCCAAUCAUACAAAGCAGGCACAUGGCCAAGUACAUCGCCCAAAUCAUCGUUCUGGGCGCCCAGGCGGUGGGACGGGCUUUCACCAAGGCGCUUCGGCAAGAAAUAGCCGCCUCACAGGAAGCUGCCCGAAGGGCCGGUGGCGGCAAACAGGGCGACAAGAGUGCCGAGUCCAAUCUGCGGACUGGCAUGACUCUCGAGGAGGCCAAGCAAAUCCUAAACAUAGAUGAUGUUAAGAACGUGGAGUGUAUUUCGAAAAACUACGAGCACCUCUUCAACGUCAAUGAGCGCUCCAAGGGCGGCUCUUUCUACCUCCAAUCGAAAGUCUUCCGGGCCAAGGAAAGGCUCGACCACGAAACUAAAGCCCAGCAGGCGCGAACACCUAAAGAAGAAGCUUCUGGAGCGGAAGCAGCAGAGGAGACGACGCGGAGCAGGGGGCGACAGAGAAACUGACAACAGCCUCUCAUUGAACUAGUUAGCUAAAAGUCGAUUUAAAUACUAUGUUUUAAGUACAAAAACGAAAAUCUAUUGUAAAUAGAGGUUUACGAA